AACAUGUAUUGUAGAAAUAACAAAUGCCGUUAAUUUCCUAAUAGAAAUGGGAGAUGUCAAGAUGAUGAACUUUUUCGUUUUCUAGCUGAGUCACCUCAUCCAAGGAACGUCAACCGAUAGAGGGUGCUCCAAUAAUCUAUUGAGAAUAAAUAAUCCCUCUUUUCCCGAGAAUUCUUUGAGUUUUGCAGCCAUGGUCACAACAAAAAUAGCGUCGCUAACUUUCCACCGUUAGGCAAUGUUUUGAAAGGACUCUCCUUAUUUAACAGCGAUCAAAAUGCUGAACGCAUUUCAUAAGAAAUAUCAACUUUACUUGCUAUUUUUUUUGUUGGUGUGGUACCUGUUGGUUUGCCUGUCUGCAAUGCUAUGGUGUCCAGAGUAAAGGCUAAUGUUAGCUAGCUAGCUAGAUAAGUAGCUAUAAGCACGCUAGCUAGCUAGAUAAGUAGUUAGAUAAGUAGCUAUAAGCACUCUAGCUAGCUGUCAUGGGAGAAAGCAGUCCGCCGGGUCCAACGCUGCACUUGGAUCUCGACAACUUUGACGCUGAGGAUAGCACGUAUGUUUUAACCAGUCCGCGGUCGUUGGAAUCAUGUGCAAGACUCGGCGUCAAACCCGUUCAACUUUUAAUAAAAUCUCUAAGCGAUUUCGUUGAUGACAACGUAAACCCAGAUAUCCCGUUUAAGGCCCUGGCAGUUCUGUACGAGGCGUACGAAAGGGAAGGCAGGGGGAUUUUGCGGCUGUGCCGUGAAGAGAGAGAGAAGAUUAUUUUAGAAACGAAAGAAAGACGACCGUCCGUUAAACUGUCAGCCCUCGAAACUGUCGUCGAGGUAGAAAGUCGGAACUCUCUCGAAGAUCCCAAAUCAACAGAGGACACCUGUGAUGGUUUGAGAACGGGAACUACUCAAUCUGUGGACCACAGCCCCAGAAGGAAAUCUGUGCGCAAUGGCAGGUCCUCUUAUUCUGCUGCUACCACCAGAGAACAAAACAGAAACAGCUUGAGACCAACUGACAAGAACAUGAUGGUGUCCAGCCUAAGUCUUGGUGACCUCAGACACUCCCCAGCCACAGAAAGACAGUUGGAGAGGCUCACUCGAGACAUCAGGAAGAAGAUGAAUGUGACAGUCCCAGAGAAAGACCGUAAGAUAGCAGCUCUGAUGUUGGUGAAGCACCAAGAGGAGCAGACCAGGCUGAGGUUGAGCCAGCAAGAGGAGCAGGAGAGAGAGGAGGCCCGGAGGCAGGAGGAGGUGCGACGGGUCCAGGCGGAGCGCAGGAGGAAGAAGGAGCUGGAGAAGAGCAUGCAGCGGUGGCAGGAUGGGCUGGAGGCGCGGAGGAGGCAGAAGGAGCGCCAGGAGAAGGAGUUGGCCGGUCAGCGCGAGCAGGAGGUGCUACUACAGGAGGAUCGCUGGAGGAGGCUCACAGAGGAGCAGGAGGUGCGGAAAAGAGACAAGAAAGAGAUGUCGAGGAGAGAAGCGGAGGAGCGCAAAUGCCUCCAGGAGCAGCUGCUCAAAGACAUGGAGCGUCUAGAGCAGGCAGGGAGAGAGAAGGAUGUGCAGCUGUCGCAGGAGAAGGAGCAGAGGGCCAGGAGGAGCAGGGUGAUCCGAGAGAGGAGGGAGAGGAAGAGACUCCAACAGGAGAACCAGAGGGAGCAUCUCAGAUGUCUCCUCCUGAAGAGGGAGGUGCAGCAGCAGAUGGAGGAGGAGGAGGCGCUGAUGAGGGGUGCCUUGGAGGAGAAACGGCAGCGCUCCUGGGAGAAGAGGGCCCAGGCAGUGGCGUUGCGGCUCGGGGAGCUGCAGGAGAGAUCGGCUAGGGAGGAGGAGCAGAUCCAGAGGGCCCAGCUUCGAGCCUCCUGGCACAGCCAACAGCAGCUCAGAGAGAAAGAGGUACUGGCCCAGUUGAGUCAGCGUCGUAUGGAGCAGGCAAGCCAGAACGCUCACACCCAGAGGAGGAGCAGGGCACAGCGGGCACAGCAGGAAAACAUGGAGAGACUCCUCUGCCACCAGCGUCUCCUAGACAGGGUACAGAGAGAGGAGGAGACUGAGAGGCAGCUGAGAGAAUGCUGCCUCUCCCUGAAGGAGCGUCGGAGGGAGCGUCUGCAGAGGCAGAGAGAGGAGGUGCAGGAGGAGGCUCGUAGAGUGGCUCGCGCCUCCUUCCAUAUGAGGGAGAAGGUGAGGGAGGCGACGGACGGCAGGACUUUCCACCAGAUGGCUCUGCAGGCUCAGCUAGCUGCCUCCCUGCUGGACCGUGGAAAAAUAUGAACAUCUGUCCUUAUACAUUCACCACUACACACACAUACUAAGUCGUACAGUAUUACAAACCACUACACACAAAUACUAAGUCGUACAGUAUUACAAACCACUACACACAAAUACUAUGUCGUACAGUAUUACAAACCACUACACACAAAUACUAAGUCGUACAGUAUUACAAACCACUACAAACAAAUACUAAGAGAAGAGUACAAAGUGAUAGGGCCCAGUCCUGAUAUGAGCUACAACAAAGCUUGUAAAUGGUCUGGGCUACUUUGCUACAUUCAUGUUUGUUAUGUUAAUUACCUGUAAUUCUUCCAGUGGCAAGUAAAUACGAGGUGAUACUUCUGAAACAAUAGAUCUAUUGAGGUAGUCUUCAUCAAACAAAGUGUUUGGAUUGCUGUGUAUAAUAAGGGAAUAAUUAGCUUAAGACAAGUUUAGGUAACUAAUGAUAUCAAUUUGACUUGAAGACAAUCCUGUUCUUGAAUGGAGGCCGGAACUAGAUUUAACUACACAUAUAAAAUAUACUGUCUCUGGAAAUAGUUAUGGUAGAGAAAAUAUAUACUGUAUUUGUACUGUAGUUUAAAUGGGAUCUUUUUUUCAAGA